AUGAACGACGUCGGAUUGAGCACUAAAACGGAAAGCAUGCUUCCGGCGGCACCAUCGGCAUGGGAUCAACUGACGAACUCGACGCUGGUAGAGCAGCAUCAGCAGCACGCCCAAAGCCAGUCCCAAUCGCCCCAGUUGCAAGCUUCCAGCCCGACCACGAUAAGCGCACCGUUGCUGACACCGACGAAAACGACCCCGCCCGACAUUGCACACACCCCAUCCGGCACGGCACCGGCUGCUUCCGGUGUGGCCGGUUCCGGCUUCAAUGAGGAGCUCGCGCCCGAGCUGACCCAGCAAGGCUGGCGGAAGUUCUGGUCGAAACGGGAAGGACGGCCAUACUUCUGGAACAAGCUCACCGGGGAAUCGCUCUGGGAACCGCCCGUUCUGAACCGCGGAGGUCCCGCCCAAUUCGAUCCGCUCACGGACCCGCUCGGUAUCUGCAGCAGCCAUCCGAUGAUGGGACCCAAUGGACCGCUUUCAUCGCAUCCGCACAAUGCCAGCGGUUACAAUAAUUCACUUCCGUCCCCCCACAACCACACGUUAAAGCGACGCGCGUCGGAAGAUGCUCAACACACCGCUAGCAUGCCUCCGGGAGCGGGUGGUGGCACGGGUGCGAGUGGGGGAGGGCCACCGCCAUUGAAGAAGUACGUUUUACCGGGCCCCUGGGACCUGGAGGUGCCGACGAACGUGCUGAUCUACGAGCGACUACCGACGACGUUCCCCCAACCGUACCCGGAAGUUGAAGCGUUGCGCGGUUCACUCACAAUGAGGCUUAACAAAACGUACGAGGACCUGUGCAACAAGCGCGAAUCGAUCGCCCCACCGAAGGAUUCCUUUCAGCGGUGGCUCAUGGAGCGGCGAACCAUCGAUCAGGGCGUGGAUCCGCUGUUGCCCAGCCAGUGUUCGCCCGAAAUUUCACCCCAAAUGUACCGCGAGAUCCUGCGUGACAUCCCGAUCAAGAUCAUGAAGCCCAAGUUCACGGGGGACGCCCGUAAACAGCUGUCCCGGUACUGCGAUGCUGCGAAGAAGAUCGUCGAGCGAAGAGGCGCCAGCGAGGAGAGCAAAAAGAUCGUUAAAUGGAACGCGGAUGACGCGUACGAGUGGCUCCGGCGGACGGUUGGUGCCAGCUACGAGGACUUCCAGGACCGGUUAACGCACCUACAGCGCCAGUGUGAGCCGCACAUCAUCGCAACGGUACGCACCAGCGUAGAGCAGCUAUGCGCGAAGCUUUACCACCUUUCGGUACAGCACGCGCGCAACAUCCGUGAGCGACACGGGCAGAUCCUGAAGGAACACAGCAUCCCGGAGCUUGCGGCUCCACUGCAGCCUCCGGUAACACGCAAGGUGUGGUGCUACCCGGUGCAGUUCGCGUUGCCAUCGCCCCGUAUGCCGCAGAUCGACUACAACAACGACCGCGACCACAUGGUGAUCAAGUACACGAACUCGGCCGUCAUGGCGGCGCCCGAUACGCACGUGGUUAACAUCUCGCACCUGCAGAAGCUCGAGCAGCUGUACCGAUACAACUGCUUCGACGAUAAGAAGUUCGAUUUCUUCAUCGGGCGCGCGUACUGCAUGCUGAAGCGAUACGCGACUUUUCUCGGGAUCAACGCGAACCCGAACCAGCAGGAACCGGAGCUAACGCAGUCCGCCCUACCGGCGGUCGUGUUCGAGUGCCUCUAUUACCACUUCAACGUCACGUUCGAGUGCUUUGCGAGCCCGCUCAAUUGCUACUUCCGCCAGUACUGCUCCGCAUUUGGCGAUACGGACUCGUUUUUCGGUUCGAGAGGCUCGUUCCUGGAGUUCAAGCCUGUUUCGGGUUCGUUUCAGGUUAAUCCGCCGUACUGCGAGGAGCUGAUCGAUGCUAGCCUGCAGCAUAUUGACCGGCUGUUGACCGAUUCGGCCGAACCGUUGAGCUUUAUAGUGUUUUUACAGGAAUGGAAGGAGCCGGCAUUGAAGUGCCUGGCGAAGAUUGAGGACAGCCCGUACAAACGGAAGCAAGUGGUCGUAAUGGGGAUGGAGCACGAGUACCGCCACGGCCUGCAGCACUGCAUACCAAAAUCGGAGGUCAACUUUAAGAGCGUCGUAGGGACGAUGGUGGUGUGGUUGCAAAAUGCCGCUGGUUUUGCCCGGUGGGCGCCGACAGAGUCACGCGUCGACGCCCUGCUGGAAGCGUUCCGUCCUGGACGUGAACGGGACCGGGAUAAGGCGGCCACCGCUACCAGCGUACCAGUGCAGCCGAGCUGUUCGGCCAGCGCCAACUCACCGGACGUGGCGGCUACAGGGAAUAACAGCACCAGCGAAAUCUCGGCCACCAGUAAACCAUCGACUCCGGCCACCGUUUAA